UGCUGAGGUCGCUGAUAUGGAGUAACUGUCAGUAGGUGGCAGCACAUUGCACGUAAUAUGAAAAACAUAUGUUUUUGGGGGUGUCCAGAUACUUUUGAUUACGUAUUGUAGAACCCUCAAAGUCUUUUGUUAAGUCUUUUCACUCACUUCAGAACCAGUGGGCCACUAUCAGUUCUGGGGACAGUGCUGCAAAUUAUGAUCUUGAUUGAAACUCUGUUAGCAAGGCUGGUCUUCUCAAUCUUCCUAUACUAUAUUUAAUGUCAGACUGACCAUGUGUUCUGUUCUUUCAAAUAGGUGGUCACCGCUCCCCAAUACUUGCUGCAAUCUCACGUAUUCAUGCUGCAUGUAUGAUAGUAGGUAGAAAGAAGGAUAUGAAGAAAGACACAAAGAAGUGUGAGAAUCCUGAUGGCAGUGCUAAUUUUGGCAGCUCUUGGGGAAGUCAUAUGCUAAGAUGAGAAGUAGCUAUAUCAGAUCUGUGAUCUACAUGAGGAAACAACAACCCUUGAGCUAAGCGCAUAGUGUGACAACUUUGAAGAGUUUGCCAGUCAGCAAUUUUGAUCAAAGGUCCACAUUAUCAUACAUCAGAACUCAUAAAAAGAUUUCUUAAUGUUUCAGGUUCAUCUGUUGAUGGCACAAACAGUUUAUGACUGCAGGGCUAUUGAACUUGUGGCUAAAGUUGUUAUAUCAACAAAGUGCUCAACAGAUAUCCCAUACUGCUGUAAUAACACUUAUCGGUGCUGUGUGUACAACAGAAGGCAUGAAGAACUUUGGGAAACCUGGUACUUCUGGUUAGGCAUUACACUGAUUGCCCUGUUUGUGCUGACAUCUGCACUCUCAUAUGCUGUGGCAUACUUCAAAAGAAAGCAACAAAAUUUGAUCCGCAUCCACAAUGUGGCUACUCCCAGCAGUCCACCAAUCAGCACUGUCAGUGGACCUGGAGGAAUAAUACAGCCCAAGAUUGAUUACAGCAGCAAGGGUUCACAUUUGCGUGCCACAGCAUUCAUAACAAGCACUGACCUAUACCUGGAGGAUUUUGCUGGGCCUCUGGAUCCACCAUAUCCAGCAAUACAACCCAUCACGGUGGUCCGCGGCAGUGUCCCACCCCAAGGAUUUCGCCACACGCAGCACUACACAGAGCUGGUGCUCCCACCUGGUUAUGUUGAUACUGAUUACCAUUUCAAGCACACACUAUGAGAAGAACACUGUAAAUGAAUUUGUGAUUUUAUAUCUAAAGCUAAGUGAAAUAAUCUCUGUAUAUGUGUACCUUCUCAAGUCUGUAGUACAUGAUAACUGUGAAAUUUCUCAGAUCAUCAUGUAACACAUGAGUAACUAUUAUGCAAGAUUUACUUAAAAGCAAUUUACCAGUCCUGAACAAGCCACAAAUAAACAGAAAUUAUGUUGCUGGAAUUCAGCAGACUUGCAUACAUAAGAAGAUCAUUCAGUAUCAUCUUAGCUUUCACAAUGUCCAUGGCUUUCUCAUGAUAAACAAA